AUGAAACAGAUCACAUCCCCUUCUCCAGCCAAGCACCGAGCUAAAAUGGACGAUAUCGUGGUGGUGGCUCCAGGAACACAGUCCUUGCGGAACAUAAGCAAUGAUCCCGAUGUGAUAAAAUUGCAAGAGAUUCCCACUUUCCAGCCCCUUUUGACAGGACUUCUCAGUGGGCAGACUUCCCCUACAAACAGCAAAUUGGAGAAGCUAGACUCUCAGCAAGUGUUACAGCUCUGCCUUCGAUACCAAGAUCACCUUCAUCAGUGUGCAGAAGCGGUUGCCUUUGAUCAGAAUGCCCUAGUGAAACGAAUCAAAGAGAUGGAUCUCUCAGUGGAAACGCUCUACAGCUUCAUGCAGGAGCGCCAGAAAAGAUACGCCAAGUAUGCAGAGCAAAUCCAGAAGGUCAACGAGAUGUCUGCCAUCCUCCGCCGCAUCCAGAUGGGCAUUGACCAGACCGUACCGCUCAUGGAGAAGCUGAACAGCAUGCUGCCUGAAAGCGAGAGGCUGGAACCUUUUACCAUGAAACCUGACAGGGAGCUCAAGUUAUAGUCUCGCCAAACUCCCUUUCCUCACCUUCUUGUCCAAACAUUCAACACAAGGAGACACUUCCAGCACACCCUGUUGGCAGUCCUUUGGAACAGGCAGCUUUGCUGCCUGACUUUUUGCCAGGCUUUAAGAUGAGGAAGAGCUGUCUCAGCAGCCAGACUGUGAAUUGAAACAGUUCAGCCAGGAAUAAAGGAGCUCCCUAUUCUGAUUGUUUGGAGAAGAAAAUAUACCCUUCCUUUAUCCCCACUGCACCAUCAUCUGUACGGAAACGUGCUUUGGUGUGUUUCCUAGAUUAAAUCUCAAGAGGAACAAUUUUAGAAAAAUUUGAAAGGGGUACUGGGUGUAAUAAACCCUGUAAUGUACUUCCCAUGCCACUGGAGAUGUGAACAAUUAGAUGGCUGGCAGAUCUUUCCAGGGCUGGGGAAUAAUUGUAAACAUGUAUUUUAUAGGUGAAAAUGUUGAGCCAGGAACUGACUUAUUAAAUCUGCCUGUUGUAAUUAACAUGACUUACAUAGCAAGGAGGUUUCCCUUUUGGUUGUAGUCAGGAUCUCGUUCAUUGAGGCUCUUAUUUUUACAGGCUUACUAAUUUAUGGGGCUGUAAAUGAAUAACUGUUCCCAUUC